AUGAGGAAAAGCCACAACAGCAGAAGGAUUGUCAACAUCAGGGGAACCGCCAACCUGCUUCACAGGAUGUGGGAGGAGCUGGACGGGGUAGCUCUUCUCCACAAGGAGCUGGACGGGGUAGCUCUUCUACACAAGGAGCUGGACUUGGUGGAUCUUCUACACAAGGAGCUGGACGGGGUGGCUCUUCUACACAAGGAGCUGGACUUGGUGGAUCUUCUCCACAAGGAGCUGGACGGGGUGGCUCUUCUCCACAAGGAGCUGGACGGGGUGGAUCUUCUCCACAAGGAGCUGUACGGGGUGGCUCUUCUCCACAAGGAGCUGUACGGGGUGAAUCUUCUCCACAAGGAGCUGUACGGGGUGGAUCUUCUCCACAAGGAGCUGUACGGGGUGGAUCUUCUCCACAAGGAGCUGUACAGGGUGGCUCUUCUCCACAAGGAGCUGGACGGGGUGAAUCUUCUCCACAAGCAGCUGGACGGGGUGGAUCUUCUCCACAAGGAGCUGUACGGGGUGGCUCUUCUACACAAGGAGCUGGACUUGGUGGAUCUUCUCCACAAGGAGCUGGACGGGGUGGAUCUUCUCCACAAGGAGCUGUACAGGGUGGAUCUUCUCCACAAGGAGCUGUACAGGGUGGCUCUUCUCCACAAGGAGCUGGACGGGGUGGAUCUUCUCCACAAGUUGCUGGACGGGGUGGAUCUUCUCCACAAGGAGCUGGACGGGUUGGACCUCUACAGCAGGGAGAUAGUAGAGGAGGUCUUCCACAGCAGGGAGCUGGAAGGGGUGGAACAGGUGGGAGUGGAUCUACUAAGCAGAAUGUGGGCAGGGGUGGACCUCAGCAACAAGGCCCAAGAGGACCUGGGGUUCACCUAGCAGGGGCAGCUGGGUCAGGGCCUCCUUCAACAGAACAUCAAUCUCUCUGUCCGGUCUGUAAAAACACAAAACUCAAUCUGAAUUCCAAGGAUUCGCCCAACCAUAACACCUGCACACAGUGUAAAUCAGUCGUCUGCAAACAGUGUGGAUUUAGUCCUCCGGAUGCAACUGCUAAGGAGUGGCUUUGCCUCAAUUGCCAGAUGCAGAGAGCUCUGGGAGGGACACUAAAUGCUCAGGAACAAGCAAAGAGCUCUGUAUUAUCGCAAAACCAUGAAAUGCACAAUGCCUCUCCUGCAAAGAAAGAUGGUCCACAAAGUAAGUCAAUCCCUCCGUUCGCCAACCAGCCAAUCAAAUCAACCGAGGGUCAGAUAGCAUCAGGCCAGCCGAGCCCAAGUGCAGCAAAAGCUAAUGCUGCUGCUCAUCCGUCACA